GGUAUUAUUCACUAUAAGACAAGGUGCAUUGAAGCAUAGAGAUUGAGUUUCAAAGUUGAGAAUUUAAAUUUCCAAAAAAAGCCAACUUAAAGAGAAGAAAAUAUGGAUUUAAAAUUCUUACCAUCACUUUUCUUGGUGAUUGCCCUUUCAACGGCUCAUCAAUUAAAAAUAAUCAACAAUUGUCCAUUCACAGUAUGGGUGGGAAUUCAGGGAAAUCCUGGAAAGCCUCAUCUCGAAGGCGGUGGAUUUCAAUUGAAUUCACGUGCUUCCAAGACAAUUGGCACUGCAAAUGAUUGGGCAGGCAGACUUUGGGGCAGGACCAACUGCAACGCUCAAGGACAUUGUGAGACUGGCGAUUGUGGUAAUAAAAUUCAAUGCAAUGGUGCCGGUGGUGUACCACCGGUCACUCUCGCUGAGAUGACAUUCAGUGGAGCUGGAGGUCUUGAUUUUUAUGACGUUUCCCUCGUCGACGGUUAUAAUUUACCCAUGAAAAUGGCACCAACUGGUGGAUUCAAGCAAUCCGGAGGUGGAAAAUACGACUGUAAAGCUGCUGGUUGUAAUUCUGAUCUCAACGCUAAGUGUCCCAACGAAUUAGCCGUAAAAGCAGGAGGAAGGACUGUGGCCUGCAAAAGUGCAUGUCUUGCGUUCAAUACUGAUCAAUAUUGUUGUCGAGGAGCUCAUGGUACACCACAAACAUGUAAGAGUAAAGAUUGGCCCAAGAAUUAUCCAGCUAUCUUCAAGAGCGCCUGUCCAGAUGCCUACAGUUAUGCAUACGAUGAUGAAAAAAGCACCUUUACCUGUAAACCUAAUCCAGCCACCAACUAUGACAUCAAAUUCUGCCCCUAAAAAAGUGAAUAGUAUUUAUCAAAAUUACUUCAUUCAAUAUUUCAAAAUGUCAAUUUUGUUAUAUUCGAAAUCUUCUUUCUCCGUUAACAAUGUUAUCUAAUGUUUUUAUUAAUUGACCAAUUUUUUUUUAAAAAGAUAUUUUGUAUCUAGUGAAAUGAAUUGUAAAUAAUAUGUUAUUAAUUACUUAAUACUCAGUUAAUUAAUUUAUAAUUUAUCAACUGAUAUUUAGUUAAUUAAUUGAAUUAUUUAAUUUAAAAUAUUUAAAGUUGAGGAAAAAUAAUAAGGAUUUUGUAAUAAUGACAAAUCUAAAUAAAGUGCAAAUUUUACAAU